CUGAUCACGACCAGCGAUUACUCCAUUUCGACAUCGGUUACCUGAUGCUGAUGGCCUUGAUUCUCCCUUCUCGAGAGAUCCACUUUGUGUCCAGAGGCAUCAUAUGGAGUCGUUUGCCGUACGCCAGCAAUCUCUUGCGUUAUUACAACCAACGCGCCAACGCCAGUCAAUCGCUUCCUAUCUUUGCUUUCGCUGCUACUGCCGCCCAUGUCAAUGGCUCUGUAGCGAUCACAACCGGCACCCGCCCUAGGAGCCUUCUGGUCAAGGACUUUUACGUCUCGCCGGACGAGUCUGGGAUGCGUUUGGAUCGGUUUCUGAAGCACCGCCUUGGACAGGAAAGUGAAUUUGCUACAGUGAACAAUUCUUUGGUUAAUAAAUGGCUGCGGAAACGGCAAAUCAAGUUACUCCGUUCUCAAGGAGCAGGGCCUCAAGACAAGAGAGCCCAGGAUGGGGUCGAAGACACGAACACCACGGCUGGGGCGGUGACAAUGAUCACAGGAACGACGAGGACUCAGGCAGGACAAACUUGGCGUGUCCGAGCACUUUGGGAGCAUACUGAACCCCCGUCUGUAGGGAUCAUUUCGAGGUCUGCAGCACCAGAUUCUUCAAGAGGUGGUGCUGUAGAUCAAAUGAAGGGACGAAGGAGAGUAGAACUGCCGCUGCAGGAUUGGGUCGUAUACAAGGAUGAGCGAAUCGUUGUCCUGGACAAGCCUGCGGGUAUCGUGGUCCAGGGUGGAACAGGCAUCGAGAGCUCCAUCGACGGUUCCUUGUCAAUUUUACAAGACGAUUAUCCAGAGAAGCCGAGGAUUGUGCAUCGAUUGGACGGGACCACCUCAGGGUUGCUAAUCUUAGCUAGAACUCGUAAAGCGGCUCAAGACCUGACCGGUCGUUUCCAUGAAAGCACGACUGGAACAGCCUCGACAUGCGACACCAAUAUGACUUCUAACAGAAUUCAGAAGAAGUAUCUCGCAAUCGUUGGAUCCAAGGGCCCAUUGCUGGAUCCAGAAUCCCAGAUUGAACUCAAGGCAGAAGGUGCUUUGACGACUCUGAGAGGCAGCAUGAUCGCGGUAACGCAGGGAAAGAGGCAGAGCAUCCAAAUGUUGCAAAGAGAACCAACAGAACAUCGACGAGAUUCCGCCAUGAAUACGACUUGGGCCUCGACUACCGAUAUCCGGAUAGUAAGCCAGAGUCACCAGAAAGAUAUGCAUUGGGCAUUGCUUCAUCUUUACCCACGGACAGGUCGUAAGCACCAACUACGGGUUCACUGCGCGCAACUCCUGAAUGCACCUAUUCUCGGAGACUCAAAGUAUUUAGCCGAGGGGGAUAGCCAGGACAGGAAGAAGGGGCCGAUACGGAUAUAUCUGCACAUGGCAGAGCUUAUUUUGAAGGAUUGGUUCAAAAAUGGUCCAGAAGAGGUCUCGAGGGUAACUGAGGAUGAGAAAAGGUACAAAGUGUUGGAUGAUGGGUCGCUCGUAUUACGCGCCGAGAUACCAGACGACAUGAGGCGCCAGUUACGCGUACUGGGAUUAAUAGGGGUCCAAGUAUGAUGGUAGAGUCAAGGCAGGCGUUGAGGGUUCAAUGGGCUUCAAGAAUGA